AUGGGCGGCGGUGCAAGGGCAACAACAUUAAUGGAGAAAAAAGGCGGCGGCAUGAGGCCUCCCCAAAAGGAGCAAGCCCUAAACUGCCCUCGUUGCCACUCAACCAACACCAAAUUCUGCUACUACAACAACUACAGCCUCACCCAGCCCCGGUACUUGUGCAAGACCUGCCGAAGGUACUGGACCGAGGGCGGAACCCUAAGAAACGUGCCCGUCGGUGGCGGCUCGAGAAAGCACAAAAAAUCCGUCCCCACGUCCUCCUCCGAUCAUAUGUCCUUUUCGUCCCAAAAGUUCGAUCUCAACCCCCCCACCAUUCCCCAGUUCCCCACUCACCUCCAUCAACAAAACCCUAAAAUCCUCGACCAAGCUCGAGACCUCAAUCUCGGGUUUCACGGCUAUACCCACGGCUUGCCUCACUUCCUCGACUAUCCUAAGGUCGAGGGAAAGGAUGUCAUUUCAUCAGCGUCGUCGUCGUCGUCGUCCGCCCAGCUGAGCUUCGCGAGGAGUGGAAAUCAUCAUCAUGACCCGGCAGCGAGGGGAAUUAUGACGAACUCUUUUUUCCCUAAUGUGGCCCCCGCCGCUUUGGAUCAAGCUAAUAGUAGUAACGCGCUUUUCGGGCCGGGCUUUCUGUUUCAAGAAUGCAAGCCGUUCUCCAUCGAUGGGAUAGUGAGUGGGCCGAGUGGAUACGCGAACGCGAAACCAUCGGCCGUGGAGGAGAAUGGGGACGGCGGGACCCUAAUGUUCACGUUGGGAGAUACUAAUAAACGAGAUUCGAGCACGAGUGAAGCUCAAGAUAAGGGAUCAAAUGAGAAUAAUUCUAAUGGGUUUUGGAAUGGGAUGUUAGGUGGAGGAGGGUCUUGGUGA